AUUACAGCCUCAUCAUUCCGUCAUGUCCUACACUACAUACACCCAGGCACGACUAGAUCGCAAAGUCACUCCCAAACAUUCACGACCGCGCUAUGUUCUAAAGGCACCAGAUCGCCAACUUGCCUUUCGCCAGGAGCACAUCACAGAAAGAAAAACCACAUUAAUUUUAAAACAAUACUCCGAUGCAAAGUCAGAGCAUGAAUGUCAAAUCACCGACGAAGAUGGCAUCUUGGCAUUCUCCGCGACCGGUCGGAAAUACAACGAUCGCUCGUGCAAGGAGAUCUGGGACGCGUCGGGGCUGCCUUUGUUCGAUAUUUACAAGAAGCCACUUUCGAAUCCGUUCAGUUGGGUUGUUACGAUGCCCGGGAGUAAGCCCAAUGGUGAUGGGGCAAUAGCGCAGGCAUCGCCGCAGUGGAGCUGGACCAGCAUCAAUUUGAAUUUCGCGUUUCGGAAUGGCGCAGCCGCUGAGAAUAAAAAGGAGGAAGAAAAAGAGAUCUCGUUGACGGUGAAGAAGCACGGAGAGGCGCUGGCAUUCUUUGACGUUGUGGAUGGCGAUAGGAGGAUUGCCGAAGUGCGCGAGAGUAUCCUUCACAAUGAGAGAUUGGCGUUGAGGAGGAGCUCCCGUGGAGGAGGCCAUCGCCCUGCACUGGAUCUGAUUAUUGCUCCCGGCGUGGAUUCAUCAUUGGUAGCGGCCAUUGCAAUCAUCGUGUCGGAUUGGUACUUUGGCUCGAACUGAGUGCUGUAGCUACAUAACGAUACGCCUUAUACCCCUCCAUUCAAGGUUAAUCAAGGUAUAUUUGUAUAAAUAAAUGUUAUAAAUUAGUACAAUUAAUCCUACCUAAUGAUGUAGACAUAGCUCCACCCCUACGCAUAGACCUCAG